CUGCCGCAUGGAUAUGGGUCUGAACGAUAUGAUUUUUCUGCUCCCCGUCACUUUUGUCCUAUUUCACAUCCCCGGCAUCUUGGGCCUGUUGACCCUGUCAGUCCCCGAGCGUGUGACUGCCCUGGAGGGCUCCUGCCUGCUGAUUCCCUGCGCAUUCAGCCAAUCGCAGCCCCCCGUGCGAGUGGAGCUGCGCCUGCAGUACCGCUGGAGCACCCCCAUGGGGGCGCUGUUCCCCACUGCGCCCCGCACCGCACUCAGCCAGGAUGCCUCGCGCGUCCACAAGGACUUCCAGGGCCGCGUGGCCCUUUCAGGGGACACGGCGACGGGGGACUGCUCCAUGGCGGUGGCGGAGGUCAAGGCUAAGGAUGCCACCAGCUACGCCAUGGAGAUCAGGAAACUGGGGGAGACACAGUGGAGCAGGGCGGGCUUUCGGAUAGACGUCGCCCGUGCCUUAGACGCGCCAACCCUAACAGACCCAGGCUCCGUCGUCGACGGGCAGCAGGUGGUCCUGAACUGUAGCGUUGCGUUCCCUUGCCCGGCCCGCCCCCCUACGCUACGCUGGAGGUGGCUGAGGGGACGGCCAGACAACAGCAGCGUGUUCGGCCAGCCCACGGUGCUCCUGGAGCGGGGCAGCAGCGCCCUCCUCUGGGCCUCUCUCUCCUUCACCGCCUCCUACCACCUCAAGCCCCGCAUACGCUGCGAGGUGGAGUACGCGGCCGGGGCGCCCCCAGUGCUGGCUUUCAGGGACGUGCAUGUGAAAUUCCCUCCCAAGGAUGUGCACAUCCGACUCCACACCCUAGCAGUGAGGGAGGGGGGCAGUGCCCUGCUGGAAUGUUCCUGUAAAGCUGACCCCCCCGUGGAUGAGUACGUCUGGGCGUACACACACUCGCAGCGGGGCCGCACGCACACCUCCCCCCUGCACGCGCUCACCAUCCGCGUGGACAACGUGACCCGACACACGCGCGUCAGGUGCACCGCCAGGAACCGCCUCGGCUGGACCCCCUCCUCCUUCACGGCUCUCAACGUGGAAUAUAAGCCACACAUCCUGAGCAAGUCCUCCUGGUGCGAGUGGGACGGCGCCGCGGUGCGCUGCAGGUGUAUGGUGGACUCCAGCCCGCGGGCCGCUAUCACCUGGAGCGUGAACGGCAGCCUCCCGCCGCCCGGCUACAACACUUCCCUCUGGGUGCACGCCAACGGCACGGUGACGGCCCGGCUGGCGGGGGAGACAGACGUCCCUCCGGAGGUGGUGUGCUAUGCCAAUAACGCCCACGGCAACGACUCGCAUCCUCUGAUGCAGGACAAGCAUGGUUCUGUGCUGUGGAUGACGGUGGCAGCUCUGUGCGUGGCGGUCUGCCUCCUGUUCAUACUCACCGCUGGGCUCCUAUUCUGCUACUGCUGCAGGCAGGCAGGCCGGAGAAGGACGGUGAUAAACCACCACUCGCAGACAGUGUAUCCAGGAGACAUGGCUAUCUACCAGGAGCAUACGCCACUUUAUAUCAACUGCACCGAGGUCACACACAUUUACACCAAUGGCAGCUACCAGCUCGUCUAUCAGAACUGCACCCCGCGGUUUGUGCGCACAAAACAGACACAUAAAAGACAGAGACGACCAGGGAGGCGAGAGCGGGCAACGAGAGAAGCAGAAAGGCCGAGACAGAGAGAGAGACCGAGAGAGAGACCUCGUCCAGCAGCCACCACUGCUGAGUUGGAGACAGCCAUCUACCUGGAGGUCAUCUGAAGUCAUACGCUAGAGGUCAUUCAUCUGAAGGUCAUUCAUCUAACGGGCAUCUAAGGUCUUCCUUACUUACCUGGGGUGCGUUUAUCGACAAUAUCGUUGCUAACUAAGUGAGCAACUCACUUGGUUGCAAUGCAAUUUCUCAUUGGAAGCCUAGUAAGUUGCUAACUGAUUAGCAAUGAUGCUUUCGAGAAACCAACAUUGUCCAAAAUGACAUUUAGAUACUCGUCUGUCACCUGUCGAAGAACAGGCACAACGCACAAGACACAACACUUGUGUAAAGACGUUGAAGAAUUAUGCAGUCAAAAUCGGAAGUUCAUUUGUGGCAUCAGACAUUGGACACACUCGUUUUACCACAGGAGUCUCCUGUUUGCCCUGUUGGACAGUUUUUUGCAAAUUGUCCUGUGGUAUGCAUGCAUUUGUACUUUACAAAUAGUAGUUUAUUGCAUUAAAAAAA